CAGACAAGAUGGCGGUGGCAUUCUGUGCAUAGACCGAUAUACAAGCUUUUACAUCGCCUAAACGUUACGUUGGUCGAAAAAUUGGUUAAUUCAAGAAGACAAGCUUUUUCGGUAACAAAGUUACACGGACGAAACAUACAAAACUUUCUUCGUUAUUAUUUAUCGUUUGUUAUUAUGGAAAAGUCUAUAGUUUUCCCGCGCGUAUUUUGACGAUCGUAGGUACGGCCUACGCAUUUUUUUGGCAUCGUUUAUGUGAUAUUCCGUAUUUAUAGCGACGGGAGACGUCGCGUAAGAAUAGAGAUGGGUCUACCUUGUGACUGGCAGAUCAGCAAGCAGAAAAUAUCAGAACGUGGUAGAUAUUUGCUUGAGACUGGACAAUGGUCGGACUGCAAAUUUAUUGUUGGUCAGGAACCUCAUCAGGAAACGUUAAAAGGACAUAAAUUGUUUUUGGCAAUGUCCAGUCCGGUAUUCGAAGCUAUGUUUUAUGGAGGUAUGGCAGAAAAAAAUGAUCCUAUACAGAUACGCGACGUUCAACCAGAUGCAUUCAAGGCACUAUUAGAGUAUAUAUAUACGGAUCGCGUUAAUCUUGGUUCGUUUGAACUUGCCUGUGAGUUAUGCUAUUGCGCAAAAAAAUAUAUGUUGCCGUCCUUGGUGGAAGAAUGUAUGCAAUAUCUGUGGUUCGAUUUGUCGCCAAAGAUAGCUUGUAGAGCCUACGAGUUUGCAAAACUUUUCGAAGAACCUGUGCUCAUGGAAAAGUGUUUACAAAUAAUAUGUACUAAAACGAAUGAGGUUCUAGAAGAACCUAGUUGGGAAGAAGUAGAAUUGGGUACAGUAAUUACUGUAUUAGAACAAGUUGAUCUAGAGAUUAAUUCAGAACUUGACUUGUUUACUGCUGUCGAGCGGUGGGCUAAAGCAGAAUGUGCAAGAAAGUCGCUUGACCCAACCGAUGGAAAGUCUUUGAAGUCUGUAAUUGGUAAUGCUUUAUCAAAAAUUAGAUUUUUAACUUUGACGCCGCAAGAAUUUGCUGAAAGUCCAGGAAUGUCUCCGCUGUUAACUCAAGAUGAAGCUUUUGCUAUCUUGAUGAAUAUAUUAUGCACAGAAAAUAAAGCACCACUACCCGAAGGAUUUUCCAGUGAUACGCACAAUAGGGCAAAACCAUUGAUGAAAGCACAGUCUGCACAUUUUUGUCCAUCUAAGCACAGACGGGUAUCCACUCCACAUACCAAUUCGUUUAGUUCGUGUACAUUUUGGCCCUCGACAUCUCUACACUACCAAUUGUCUUAUAACAAUGAAGGAGAAGGUAGUAAUACCUUACACAAUGCACCACCAAUGGUAGUUGAAGGAGGAGUAAGAAAAGAUUCUGGAAAUUUAAGUCAAACGAAUAAUCCAUCUACAGUUAUAAUUGAAGGUGGAAUUCGUGAGGGACCAAAAUAUUAUUGUCUUCGAGCGAUAGCCCAUCAAACAGACUGCCUUAAUAGCAAUGUUUUAGAUUGUUCUGUGGCAUUUAGUGUGGACAAAAACAUUUGUGUUAUGGGUGUGCAAGUACCGACACAAAUUGCAACUGUGGCAAGUAAUUUACAUCAAAAUUCAGAUCCUGAUACGUCAUAUACAGAAAUACUGUAUGCUCAUCUUUUAGAUUCUGAUGGCAGUCGUUUAACAUACACACAUUUUACUACUAAAGUAAAUGUUGGAACACUCGUGGAAAUUACAUUUAAUCGACCUGUUUACAUACAAAAACACAAGAUUUAUCGCGUGGGUGUAGUCUUUAACAAAGUUGGUUGGUAUCCAAUGGGACUCUGCACGCAACAUAUGACCUGUGAUUCUGUAUUCUUUUCGUUUGGAAUCGGUAAUACUGAUCACAGUGUCAGAGAUGGUCUCAUUCGUUCAAUUGUGUUCACUUAUUAACGUCAACGAUUAAAUCGUUUGUCGUUAAAAAAUUUUAAAUACGUAUUUUGGAUUUGUGAUAAGACAAAUGUCUACCCUAUUCUGUUAUGUAUAUUACAUUGUUAUUUUAUCUUUUAAAUUUGAUUUCAAUCAUUAUAAGAAUAUUGGAAACGUAAGAAAUUGUACAAAUAAUACUCAUUGGUUCUAGUUAUAAAAAAAGUAGUGAUGGACAAAUUGUAAUUUAAUCGUUUCCUAAUAACAUGUAAUUAAUUGUAUUGAAAGCUAUAAUAAGGAAACUUAGUGUACGUAUUUAGAAUUAGGUUUGCCAUUUCACACUGACAAAUUAAUAUAAAUACGACUAAGAAAAAUACACAAUUAAAUAUUAUGUUGUGAAUAAUCUGGAAAUAAUUGAAUUAUAACUUGUUCAACAGAGAAGGAAAAUCUGUGUACAAACAAACUUUUUUUAACUUAUAUGAAAAUAUCAAGUUUUCUGUACAAAAACAAACCUGGAUUUUACGGUUUAAAUACCCUUAUUAAAGAUUCAAUCGCAUAUAAACAGAAUGUAGCAUUGACUUUCCCUUGCAAAGUUUUAGCUUUUUAAAAAUACUAUAUAAUCAGUCUCAUAAAUUAAUUUAAUAACAUUAAUGAUUUUUUUGUUUCUUUAAAUGUAUAUCAUAUGUCGUUUUUAAAUGUUUAUAUAUAACAUUUGACAGUGCGCGCAAAAUUAAAUUAGAAAAAAUUCUAACAUAUUACAUACUAAAGUUAUCUAUUUGUGUUCCUGUUCUGCAUUAUCCGAGUAUUGCUAUGUAUUUGUCGCAUUUUAAUGGUAUGAAAAGUUUUAAUAAAUCUCUUUAUAUUUACGCUUU